UAGUUUGCAAAAUUCUGUAUCGCCAAGUGAAUCUUCUCUAUCAACUAUCACUGCUGUCACCAUGAAUAGCUGUGCAGAUUGCCAGUGUAAUGGUUCACCAUGUUUUUUUAACAUGACUUCUGGAUUGUGUAAAUGCAACUGCAGUGACUACACUUAUGGUGAUUCAUGUAAUUUAGCAGCUAACACAAGACCUGUUACAUUAUCUGAGGAGAGACCUACAAGAAAGGCAAACAUUUCUUUGAGACUUAUACGGGAAUAUAAUCCUGACUUUGAGCUUUUGAACUCUGAGGCAUCCAAAAAGUUGAUUUCAGUCUUAUCACAUGAGAUUUCUGGCAUUUGCAGAAGAGCAGAUCCAAAAAACUUUAGAGAUGUAAAGAUUAUCGGACUACUGCCUGGAAGCAUCAUCGUCAAAAGCAUUGCACAGUACAACUAUCCCAACAACCAAUCACAAAUAGAUUUUCUCAACAAGGAUCUGGAAACAUCUCUAACAAACUUAUUUAAUAAUUCAGAUUUGCUUAAACAUUUAAGUGAAGCACUUGGAAAUGUUUCUGUUCAGGAUACAGAAGUUCUAAUGCAGACAUCUGAAAUAGCAAAUAUUUCAGACUUGAAACGGUUCUUGAAUUGUAGUUCGGAUUUUGCUGACUACACACUGAAAAUUGUGGAAGGUGCCUGGGUGUGUGAGGGGCCAUGCAAAAGUAACCCCGGCUACUGCAACGCUCAUGGGGAUUGUCUGAACAUGAAAACCGGUCCAGGGUGCCUAUGCUACAACACUUCUUUUCAAGAAUACUACGGAACACAUUGCGAGCUUUUCCGCAGAGGUGCAGGCUUUUACGCCGCUCUCUUCGGGAGUUUAGGAGUCGUCCUUCUUCUUUUCAUCACUGUGACAAUCGUGAUUGUAGUCGUACGACUGAGGCACAGGAAAUGCCGGUCCAUGAGCGGCAGUCUUGAGACGAGGAGGUCGAACUUGUUUGGUGACUACUUCUUUGACUUCACUGACAGAAGUCAAGCUUGUCAACUUCAGAAGUAUACUUUGCAUGAAAACCUACAAGAGGCAGAGGCUGGAGCAUUUAGGUGACAUGUUGAAAAAUGUUGAUACGGCUUCAAAUGUGAAGACACAAUAACGGACGUGAAGCCAUAAUUAACACAUUUUUUGGGUCAUUCUGGAUAUCUUCGAGCUUCGCUGUCUUUCAUAUAAUUAAUUGUGAACGAGGAUUAUUAUAUUUAUCUCUAAAUCAAAGAUUAUAGACUGUCAUAUGAAAUGUUUAGGGCCAAAAGUACAGAUUUAUUGUCUUUUUGCAGCACUUCCACAGAACACAUAAAUAAUAGCUAAUAAAUUAUUACAUUAGCCUACACACAUUUUUUUUAUAUAAAAAUUUCAUUAUGCCAUGUACU